AUGGAAGAAGAAGAUUUACUUGAUUUGUCCAAGCUCAGGGGUAAGUUAUUAAAAGAAGCUCAAACAUUAGAAGUAUUUAAACCAUAUGGGCGUGUAAGCAAUUUGUUGCUGUUAACUCCCCAAGAAGACUUUGAUUUAGAAAUAAUUUUUUCAGAAUUGAAGAAUUUGAUCGACAGCAAAGCAAUUCCUUUGGAAUUUGUGAAGUAUGCAUUAGAAAAAGCAUCAGAGAUCCAAGAAAAAAAGAUGAAAAAUUUCGCGGAAUUAUAUGUAAAGUUGACAGAAAGUUUUGAAUUCGAAGUUAAUGUUAGAACAGACAAAUUUAAGGCACUAUUAGAGAAUCUUGGAAUUAAAUUCGAUUGCAAUAUAUAUGAAGAUGCCGAAGCGUUAAAAACUGUUUAUAGCGAAGACACACCAUUUUAUUUAGUUGCUUUCGAUAAAAUCGAUGAAUUGUCAAAACUUGAUAAAUUUGACGAAAUCAAAAACAAUUUAUCGCUCCUUGACACUGCAGUUUGGAUCAGAGAAAUGCUUCAGAUUCUUAAGACUUAA